CUGUCGGAGAGGAGUCUUGAAUUGGUGUUGAAAGAAAGACUGAAACUGUCCAAGGUGAGAUCGUUUCGUGGUUUAGCAAAAAGAGUGCAAAUGGAAUAAAGUGAAGGAAAGGGAGACGUAUUGGUUGUAAAACUGAUGGCGGAAAUCUCUCAGGGUGUUCCAUCGCAUGUAAGCGCCUCGCUCGCGUUCUUCGGUGGCCGCCUCGCAGCUGGAUUUGUGGGAGUGGAAAUUCCACAGUUUGCACCCGACAUCGGCGCCGUGACGGAUGGAGAGGGGGGCGGAGAAAAAGCUCCGGAGUGAGGAGGCGACUGAGCGGGCGAUGCCGUCUGCCUCAGCGAGCUGACGAGUGGGUUGCUUCUCCCCGGUUCGCCGCUCCGGAUUUCCGACGGCCGUUUCUGGAGGAAGUUUCUCCGGUCACCGAGGCUCCUCUGCGGGUGGGAACCCGCGUACCUGUCGCUUGGACCUUACAGAAUUCCUCCUUUUAUUCCCGCCCCUUCCCACCUUUGGAUUAUUCACCUCCCAGGACCUGUCAAGUUGAGGAUGGACCUCUUACUUUGAGAUCAUUUCCUCACUUUUUAUUUAUCAGAAUUAUUUUUAUUACUUUGUUGGCGACAUCUGACAAUUAUUUUGGGGAAGAGUUUCUCGGUCGGGAUGUUGCAGCGGAGCAGUAGGACGCGCGUUGGACCGCUUUGGGUUCUGCUCCUCCGUUUCCUGCUCACCCAAGGCGUCCUGGCGGCUGCGCUCACUCAGACCAACAAGUGCGGCGGAGCCAUCGACAUCCACUCCCCGGGCUACCUGACCUCCCCGGGCUACCCUGGCGCCUACCCACCCUCGCAGCAGUGCGCCUGGGUGAUCACGGCACCCGAGCCGGGCCAGAAGAUUCUGAUCAACUUCAACCCGCAUUUCGACCUGGAGGACCGAGACUGCAAGUAUGACUACGUGGAGGUUUACAAUGGUAAGGAUGAACAGGCACCCAUGUUGGGCAAAUUCUGUGGCAAGAUUGCACCCUCGCCCAUCAUCUCCAGCGGCGAGCAGCUCCUCAUCAAGUUCGUCUCUGACUAUGAGACGCAUGGAGCCGGAUUCUCCGUACGCUACGAGGUCUUCAAGACAGGUCAGGAAUGUUCCAGGAACUUCACGGCUCCCUCGGGGGUCAUCAAGACGCCGGGUUACCCCGACAAGUACCCCAACAACCUGGAGUGCACCUUUAUGAUCUUCGCUCCCAAGAUGUCCGAGAUCUUGGUGGAGUUCGACAGCUUCGACAUGGAACCCGAUACCACACCGCCACCGGGGGCGCUGUGCCGCUAUGACUGGUUGGAGAUCUGGGACGGAUAUCCUGCGGUGGGUCCCCACAUUGGGCGCUACUGCGGACAGACGUCUCCGGGCCGCGUCAUCUCCUACACGGGCAUCCUGUCCAUGACCAUCACGACCGACACGGCCAUCACCAAGGAGGGAUUCUCCGCCAACUACACCAUCAGAGACACUGGCCUCCCCCAAGGAAACACGCAACAAGAAUUCACGUGCUCGGAGCCUCUGGGUAUGGAGUCGGGUGAGAUUUCCUCCGAGCAAAUCAGCGCCUCGUCGCAGUACAACAAUAACUGGUCGCCGGAACGCUCUCGCCUCAACUAUCAGCAAAAUGGAUGGACGCCAUCCGGUGACACUGUUCGCGAGUGGAUCCAGGUGGAUUUGGGCUUCCUGAGGUUCAUCACGGCCAUCAGCACACAAGGAGCCAUCUCGAAAGAGACCAAGAAGCACUACUUUGUCCGGUCCUACAAGGUCGACCUGAGCUCCAACGGCGAGGACUGGGUGACAGUGAAGGACGGCUCCAAACAGAAGAUCUUCCAAGGGAACCACAACCCGACAGACGAGGCUCUCUCCUUACUGCCCAAGCCGACUCUGGCCCGCUACAUUCGUAUCCGGCCCAUGUCCUGGCAACAAGGCAUCUGCAUGCGCUUCGAGCUCUACGGCUGUCGAACCUCAGACUACCCAUGUUCAGGAAUGUUGGGCAUGGUGUCCGGUCAGAUCUCGGACAGUCAGAUCAGCGCCUCGUCCUAUGCCAACCGAGGCUGGGUGGCUGAGAACGCCCGUUUGUUGACGGGCAGGUCAGGAUGGACCGGCCAACAGACCAAGCAGCCUUUCAAGAAUGAAUGGCUCCAGGUGGACCUGGGCCAGGACAAGAUGGUCACCGGCGUGGUGAUUCAGGGUGGGAAACACUAUGACAAGAAUGUCUUCAUGAAGAAGUUCAAGGUGGGACACAGUCUGAAUGGAGAAGACUGGACCAUGGUCAACGAGGAAAACACCACCAAGUCUAAGAUCUUCUCUGGCAAUCAGAAUCACGACACACCUGAGCUGAGGUCGGUGGGUCCUCUGCAGACCCGUUUCAUCCGAAUCUACCCGGAAAGGGCCACCAUGGAGGGGGUGGGCCUACGACUGGAGCUGCUGGGCUGCGAACUGGACGAAAUCACGACCACGGCCUUGCCCACCACACCGAUCACCACCACAGUCCCCUCCACCACAUUUGGAGCGACCACAGUGUCGGCCCAAACGGUGCCCGUCACCACGCCGUCUGCCAACACUGACACAGACCUUCCCGUCUAUGACUCUGCAACAGCAGGAGACGUCAUGCCCCUUGACCCCGAGGUGGACUUCCUACCAGACUACUUAUGGUUUGCCUGUAACUUCGACCUAGCCUCCUUCUGCGGCUGGACCUCGGAAGUGGGCUCGGGUGCCGAGUGGCUGAUCCAGACUGGCGCGGGAGCUCCGGCCGCAAGCAGAGCGCCGACGCUCGACCACACGGGCCUCGCGGGUAACUUCAUCCUGAUGCAUCUGACCGCCUCUCCGUUAAGAAAUGCCGAAGAGGACGGAGAAGACACGGACAGAGUGGCCCGGUUGUCCAGUCUGCCCGUGAUGGCGCCUCAUGCCGACCUGUGCGUGUCCUUCUGGUACCACAUGUUGGGCCAGCACCCCGGUGUGCUCCACAUCAGACAGCAAGAGCAAGAGGAAGAGGAACAGGGGCUGGGGAACAUCCUGUGGACAGUUAGCGGUCACCAGGGGGCGCGGUGGAGGGAGGGACGAGUUUUACUACCCAGAUCCAGUCGAUCUUAUCGAGUGGUGGUGGAGGGCGUGGCGGACAGACUUGGCACAGGCCACAUAGCCGUGGACGACAUCCAAAUUUUAGAUGCACUCGACGCCGACCACUGCAAAGAUCCAGAGGUUCCUCCAUCUCCACCCACGCAGAUCAUCAUCCUACCGAUAGACUCGCUGGCAGAGGGGAUUGGUGAAGUGGGAGGCGUGAGCACGGCAGACAACAUGUUGAAGACGUUGGACCCCAUCCUGAUCACCAUCAUCGCCAUGUCGGCGCUGGGCGUUUUUGUGGGCGCCGUGUGCAGCGUGGUGCUGUACUGCGCCUGCUCGCACGCCCCGAUGGCCGACAGGAACUUGUCGGCCCUAGAGAAUUAUAACUUUGAGCUGGUGGACGGCGUCAAGCUGAAGAAGGACAAAAUCAACCCACACACUAACUACUCGGAGGCGUGAAGGGUGAGGCCCGGCGGUCGGUAGGUGGGGGCGAGGGAAGGGGGCUGCCGUUGGACUUCAGGGUGGGCUUUUCUUUCUCAGGAGCGGCAGCGCAACAGACUGACCUGAAGGGGGCACUGUGUACAAAUUAAAUGUACAGCAAAGAAAAAAAAGAUGAUCUAUUUGUUUGAGGGUUGUUGUUGUUUAUCUGGGGUGUUUUUUGAAAUGUUUUUUUUUCCUCAUGCUGGUGAUGAGACCAAGUCACAAGUAAGCUUGUGCGUGUGUGUUCUAACAGUGCCUUUUUUCCCCUCCACUUUUGUAAAGUCCCCCCCCCUUCUUCAACCACCACGAGUGUAUCAUCCAGGGUUCCUAAACACACACACACCAGAGAAUGUCUCAGCAUUCGGUUGAAACCUGAAAACCAUAUGUCAGCAUCCGGUCAAAAUGUGAAGACAGUAUCUCAACUUUCACUUGAAACUUGAAGACAAAUGUCCCAGCCCACAGGCCAAACGUAUAGACAAUGUGUCAGCAUUCUGUCAAAAAUGUAAAGACGGCGCCUCACUGUUUAAUAGGAACGUAAACACGAUAUUUCCGCUUUCAGUUGAAACUUGUAGGACAGUGUCUCAGCCCAAACAUAGAGACGAUGUCUCAACAUUCAGGCAAAAUGUGAAGAUGAUGUCUCAGGAGUAACCUUAAACCUGAAGACUGCAUCUCCGCAUUCGGUCAAAAAGAGGAUGGCCAUGUCUUAGCAUUUGGCUGAAGGUUAAGGACAACGCAUAAGUGUUCAGGUGAAGACAAUCUCUCGGCAUGACGUUGAGGAAAAUAUCUCCACAUUCAGUCAAAACGUGAAGACAAUAUUUUUGUAUGGAGUUGAACACUGAAGAGAAUGUCUCAGCACUCAAUUGAAGACAAAAUUCUCUGCGUUCAGCCUCUCGCUAUUCAUUUAAAACCUGCAGGCAGUGUCAUAGUAUUCAGUUAAAACGCGGCGGUAUCAUUUCAGCAUGCGGUCGAAGCAUCAAAUGUCUCUCAGCAUGCAGUCAAAACGUGACGACAAUGUCACAUUUGGUUCAAAUGUGGAAACGGGCUCUCAGCAUUCAACCAAAGUGUGAAGACAAUGCCUCAGUAUUUGUUUGAAACCGAAAGAGCAUCUGAGCAUUCGAUUGAAACUUAACCAACAGCGUCUCGGCAUUGAAUCAAAACGUGAGCGCGAAGUCUUGGUAUGGAAAGGCAGAUUUGGAAAGAGGCUGGGAAAUAAUGUGAAGGUAUUCUGGCUUGUGGUCUUUUGCGGUCAAAGUCUCAUUUUGUGUUGUGCGCGUGCGUGUGUGUGUGUGUUGAUCGAUCAUAUUGUAUAUAGUUUUAAUAUAUUUCUAUCAAAAGUUUUUUUUCAACACGAGACAGUGCAGCAGUAUCCUUUCUUGAUCUCCUCUGUCGUUUGAUCUGCGCCACACAUACACACCGUGACUGUGUCUCUCUUUAAUGUCGUGUGUGCGCGCGCUUGCGCGUGAACGUUUGCGGAGUUUGCCGCUCACUUUCGUACAGGGUAACACUGGAACCCCCCCCCCUUCCCCCCGGACAAGGAGGAGCCAAGACCUCAAGUGUUUCCUUCGUCUGUUUUAAAAUGUAGGCUGGUCGUGACGACCGCUCUUCUCGCUGUAUGGGUGACGCUACAAAAUGGCUGCAGCAUCCUCACACACGCGCACACACACACACACACACACACACUUAAUAGGGCUUACUCUUUACUUGUCAAUCCCAGAGUAACCUCCAAAGUGGAACUCAACCCGUUCUGUGCUUGAGUUGAUCGGGUUUCAAAACAAAUGCUUCUGUGUGAAAUUGUGUGACCCAGGGUCAAACUGUUACCACCCUCAACCUCCCCCCACCCACCAAAAAAAAGUGUGCAGGGCCAGGGGGAUUACAAAGUGUAAAAAGUUAACUGUAAAUAUAAAUUUAAAAUGGAGUCAAAAUGCUCACCAAAUGAAGACUUUUUUUUUGUCCCCACUUGCUUCCCCGCUCUGUUUCAUGCUAGGCAUUUCACAGCCGUUUUUCUUCUCGCUACGUGCCAUUUAUAUUCGCAACUGUUUGGGGGAAAUUGUUUUGUGCGCAAAGGCUUCUUGUCCCAGUCUUUUUGUCACCUUCAGGGAUGUUAUGAUAAUCCGUUUUUCCUCACAAAACAAUCAAGCGAAUAUUCCAAAUUAACACUAGCGAUGCCAUCAAGGACAAUCUGAAAUUUUAGCGUGAUUAUUUAUUACCUUGUCAUGAGAUAACUUCCCGCUAUGUUAUUUCCAUGAGGACUUGUUCAAAAGAAUGUGCACAUGUCAUUGCUGUUUGUUCUGAAGUUAUGCAGGAGUUGGCGAAACCACGCGGGACUAUGCUUGAAAGUCGCAAAUUGUUCAGACUUUUGGAGGUUCCGCUGUAGCGAGUAACACAAAUGGACUUUAGUGAUCUGGUGAAUGAGAGGAUGCUGCAGCACUGGGUAUGAUUAAAUAAAACAUCUUGCACUGAAAUGUAUAAGUAACACAAAACAUGACUAUAUGAUGUAAUAUAACAAGAUGGUGUUAUAUGUUGUUUUUUUUAAUUAAAAAAAUGAAAAGAAAAAACGCUUUCACAUGAAGAUGUACAUUUUUCCACAGGAAAAACGUCUGUCAGAGGGUAAAAUGGCAAAUUGCUGUCAAAUCAGUGAUGUUUUUUUUUAUUUGUCAUAUUUUACUUUUUUGUUUGUUUUCAAACCUGCUUCUGUAAUGUUGCCAAUAUGAAAGAUGGAAAAACAGCAAUUCAGCCUUAAAAAGUGUUAAAUGAUUAAAGAAGAAGGGGGUCGGGGGGGGGGGGGGGGAACUACAGUAGUUUGUACUUUCUGGUGGAUGUCCAGAUUCACCUCGUCUGUGUUGUUGCAGAUCAUUUGGACUUUACAUUCCAAACAAUUGGACAAAUAAAUGUUUGCAUUAUUUGUCAAGAGUAGCAACUGUGUGUUUUUUUUAAAUUGAUUUAUUGAUACGAGCAAUCAUACUGUAUCCCCCAAAAGUAUUGUGACACCUCCAGGAAGUAAAGUUUCAAUUCGUCA